UCCCCAUGGGACUGCGGCGGCGGGGCGACUGGAUGCCGCGGAGAAGGCAGGAUUUCAUCGGCAUUGAGCCGCGUUGGAUGAGGAUAUCGGGCCGCUACAUGACGAUGUUCUUGCCAGGCUUUAGUUUCCUAGUGUUGGAUUCCUGGGCUCCCGGCAUUCGAUCGAAGAACAGGUUUUGGUCUUGGCAGCUACUGAGCAGGUUGUGACUGGCGGCGCAGGAAAGCCAUGGUGGAGCCAUGGCUGGCUUUCUCUGCGGGUGGUAGCGAUGCCAUUCCCGGUCUCUCGGAAGGGAUCAUUUUUCCGGAGAGGGAGGAAAGCGCUCUUCAGGCUUGCUUGUUUCGAAACAAGAGCAGGAUCAGGGAAUUCUUUAGCGAGGCACGGGUUUCCAAAGAGCCAGUUUUGGUUAGAGUUUUGGUCGGCUCCAAGGAAGGGAUUGAGAAGUGGCUCAAAGUCUCUGGCCCCGCGUCCUGUUGUCUUUGGGUUGAGAUCAGUGAUGACAGGCUGACUAGAGGGAUCGUUCCAAGCAGUGGUGAGGAGUUUUUUACAAGCCAGGUGAAGCUGGCAUACAGGUUCCGAGCAGUAACAGCGAGCUACUUGACGAUCUUGGCCGGGACUUUUGUUGUUCUGUCCGCCUACAGGAAGUCCAGGUUUGAGUUGCGAGAGAAUGGCGGUGGCACCGAAGCUCAUAGUCUGUUCGUCAAGUGGUUGCUCAUCAUGCCUGCUACAGCGUUCCAUCAGCUCUUGUGCAUGGUCGAGCCUGGAGGAGCUUUAGCGGAGUUUCAGAUAGUUCUGAGACAACUGGUGGACAGCACAAACUUUGCGGAUGUCGGAUUUCGGCACUUGGACUUUUCGUGCUGGCUGGCCCAUUUUCCAUUUGUGUUGACGUUUGAAGGUGUGGAUUUGCUAGUGAUGACCCGGGACUUGAGAUGGACUAUUAUGAGGUUCGAUUGCUCGGAGGGGAAGCUGAAAAUCGGUAAGGGCAGGUUCUCGGCGGAUACGUCACGCGAGAGUUUGGGUGUCAGUUUUUAUUCAGAGAAGGCUUUUCAGGUGCACGAGUGGGAGCUAUGGGACAGUGUUUCAAUGGAACAGGAUGCACGGCGGAUCGGUACUCUUGGUGCCAUUGUCUUCAACAACUUUUACGUGGAAAAGGAAGGUUUUGUAGGUGGCGUUGCAGUUCGCGGGUUUCUUGACUGCCUCGUUAACUCUUGGAAAGAAGCUGGACACAAGGUGAAGUUCAUCUUUUUCAUUUCGGGGAUGACACUGUUCGAGUGUAAGUCGAGUGGCAUGUUUCCUAGUGCUCGUCUUUCAAAGGAAGAGCAGUCGGCACUGUCAAAGCUACAGGUUUCCAGCAUCAAAGAAAGACGCCAAGGCCUAGCAGCUCUGGUGGAGUUUCUGCUGGGUGGAAUGCAUGAAAAUGGCGCCGAAAACGUUAUUGGACAAAGCGUUAGAGGCAUUGUGCCAAGUGCUCGGGACACGGCAAUCAACUGGAAUACUUUCCACGAGACAGGUUCUGACGGGGUUUACGCUUCGUCCAAGUGCUGUGGCUCGUUUAGUGUGCAGAACAACGGAUGGCUGAGGCUUUUAGAAUGGCUAGACAGAAGGUUUUUAGAGAGACUGUUAGAAGAGGCAUUGCUAGUUGUCGACUCAGGGGGAAGAGGUGCGAGCAAGGUGGUAGAAGCGUUUUUAAAGGUUAUAGAGGUUAUUCCAGGUGAAGCUAGUAGCAGUAUAGGUGCUUUUCUCCUCACGCAUUUGGAGGACGCAGUUAGCAGCAUUCUAGACUCGGUGUGUAGACAUAGCAGUGCAGGUAAGAACAGUGACCAGGAAAUGUUUUCUAUUCAUGUAGAGGGGAAGGAAGGACAGGAUAGUAGCAGGGAAGUGGAAAACCUUGAGAAAAUGGUGCAUCUCAGCAACAUGCUAUCCGCUAUUGUUCAUGGAUCCUCUAUCGCUGCAGCUGUUUUUGCUGAUCUGAUAGCUGGGACAGCAGUGGAUGCUGUUAUCGACCUCAUUCAAGUUUACUACUUCGAAGGAAGUCGCGGGGAAGUCUCUCCUUGCGGUGAUCUUCCAGGAGAGGUUCUGGAGCAAGAUAGAGUGAUGCAUUCUUAUCCUGUUGUCGGUGCUGCUCCGGAUGCAAGCGAUGAAGAUCAUUCAGCCACUGUGGCAUUCUGUCCGUUUUCGUCAAGCGGGAUAAACGCAAUUCUUCAAGGACAACAAGUAGCUACUUUUAAAAGCUCUUGCCAGUCAAGUGGAUUUGCCAAGGUGCUACUGAAGCUGGUAUUAAAGAGAGUAGGAGCUGUUUCAACCGUAAAAGGAUUCCCACUUCCGAAUGGCGGCAGAUCAGGUGGAAAAAAGACCAGUUUGAAGGCAAGUAGAGCUUUCAGGCUAAUGCUCCCUCGGGGUGGUACAAAGGAGGUCUCAUCCAACUCGACUAAGGCAUCAGCUGUCAUAUGUCAUCUUCUAUCUGCAGCGGCUGUGAUGCUUACCAACAGAAGCUCUUCUUUAGCACAGACAAGACGAAAGCUUGUACAAGAGUUCAAAGGACCACGUAAGCUGCUACUGAUUAGCUCGUUUGUCGAAGAAUUGGUGCGGACAGUUUGUGAUGGCUCUCCGGAGAAGGCACACGAGCAUAUCUUUCAGAUUAUCCACGUACUCGACGAGUCCGAUGAGCACAAGUCUCAAGGUAGCAGAUAUCCAGUUUUGAUGCUUUCGGAGAUUCAGUCGAGGAUCAAGGCCACUUUGUCAGACCACAAAGCCAGGGUCAUGGAAAACGAUGGGAAGCAGACAGAACAGAUGGUGUCGCUCUGGGAAGUGUGGGUCGCGCUCGGAUCACUCCUGCAGGUUCUAAGCUCCUUUGCUUGCAAAUGGCCAGAGGAAGGUGGUGCACUGCUAGUAUUUCAGCGUUGCGGAGCAGAGGUGGGUGCAGUUUUACACUUGCUUUCUUCUUCCGAAGGUCCAGCUUCGUGGGGUGGCGGAGAGCUCCUAGUUAUGCAAAACAUUCUACGGCUAUUCGCUAUAUGCAUGCAGAAUUCGCACUGUAGGCAAAGGGAACUGGAUAAUCUCCUGUGGAACACGCUGAUCGACAAGAACUGGGAGUUCAUUCGACGCUAUUCACAGUGGGUCGUUGUGGACGCCUGCCAUGACUGCACUUGGGAUCUUCUGGAGGAGUCUUUGUGGAGUGUUUGGGAGCCUUUGGAGUUUCGCGAUUUAUCAGACCCCACAGGUGAUCUUUUCUCAAGCUGGCUACCGAGGUGGUUGCCAAGUAUGCAGUGCGAGGAGAUUCCGGUUAUAAACCUCGUCUCGUUUCUUCGGCUAACUAUCGGGCUCAUCCAGAGGAAGGCAGACAGAGAGAAGAACUUGCUUUUGCCGGGAAAAACUCGAAUACUGCUGGAGUUUUUGAUGAAUCCUGUUACAGGACUGCUGAUGAAGCUGCUCAAGGGCGAUGGUUUCAGCAAAAAGAAGAUGAUCCCUCAGAAAGACUAUGAAGCUGCUUUCUUCCAUUUGAAGCACGUCAGAGAAGAUUUGCGGAACUUGAUACCUUUCUGCACACAGAGGCAAGGUAUCUCAGGGAGAGUUCCUCAUCCUGUACCUGCAUCACCUCAAGAAUCAACCAACAGGCAGCAGCGGGGAACUGAGAGAUUUGGCGGUAAUGCGGUAGAAGGUGGCCAAGUAUCCGGUCCGGCAAGUGUUUCGUACAACCUCUCCUACCUUGCAGCCACGAACUUAGAGAUAGCCAGUCUUCAGCUUUUGGCUAGUAUCUUCGGGCUGAGCUUCCAUGGCCAAAGGCAUCGCACGACGCUCAGCCAAUCGCUUUUGGGAAGAACGGCUGCAAGAAAUCCAUUUCUAGGGAAGGCUUAUGCUUAUCCCUUCCUGGAUUUCCAUUUCCUUCGGCUUAUACAUCUCUACUACGUCAACUUGCUGCAAGGACGGAAACUGAAACUUGCCGAGCCAACUCUCGAGAAAGUGAGCGAGAACAGCUGCACUUUAGCCUGGUGCUCGGAUAAUGAAGCUCCCUGUUCUGAGGCGGAAGUUAGAGACGAGCAGCUCUCACUUGAGUGUGCGGUACACGUACAAGUGCUGCUGGCAUUGGCGCAAAAUCAAAGUGACGACGUGACUCUGAGGUUUAAGCAGCUCAGAGUGAUGGAUUUCCUGGUUCACCAGAUUGCCCUGGAGUACGAGGCCUCUCAAGUAGCGACUCCGAGGGACGUAGUCAGGAUAAACAAGGCAUUGGCAUCGCAGCUAAGGAGCUCGGCGAGUUCGUUUCGCACUAAGAAUGUUGGAGAUCCUAGCGCACGUACGUCCGAAACCAGCCAUCCGAGCAUGGAGUCAAGUGUAUCAAGCGACGUCACAACACCAUCAGUGGCAGGCUUGAAAAAAGGACUUUGCUUACUUUCGCCAGAGUUAGAAGGCUCGAACAAGUCCUGCCUUGUGCAUAAGAAGUUGGAGAAGUCCUUGUCCAAAGACAUGCCAAAGCUGGAGCUCGGGUUCCUGUCAGCUCGAACUCUGAGCGCGGUACAGUCAUCAUCGUGCGAGAGCUACUUGCUAAGCAGACCCUUCACCGGCAGGCACGAAUUUCUACAGAAGUGGCAAGAGGUUAUGAAGCCUGCGGUUCCAAUGCAUCCUGUCCACGAGCAAGCGAGUGAAAAGGUCGCAUUUCCAGUGACAGUUGACGAGAACAAUCUAGCAGAGGAUAUUGAAGGCGAUUUUGCUCCUGAGAAAGUGGUCUACACUGGGAAGUUUUUCGAUCUGAACGAAGAGGUGGAGCGAGAACUUGCAGAAGAAGAUGGACAGGAUCGACCAAACAGUGACAACGACAGCAGCGAUUCAGAGUCUCUCACUCACUCUGAGGAUGAUUCCAUUGGAAGCUUAGCAAACGAGGGUGGCAAGGCAUCGUUUCGACCGUUCAUACCGAAGCUGAAUCUUCCAAGAUCUGCUAGGAAGGGCGAUCAAGAAAACAGUGCCGAGGAGGCAAAGCCAGAGAUUCAGGUCUCCAAGCCUGGAAACAAGUCGCCGGGCGUUUCUCUGGCAGGAGACGGGCAAACUUCAGGUGGCAGCUGCAAGCUCACCACGCCUUACGAAAUGGAGCGCUCGCAAAGAAGACUUUACCGGAACUCGAGCCUCCAUCUUUUUCUACUCGAGCUUUACAUAACUUUGAUGCUAACACCUCAGGGGACUUUGGACCAGAGAUACAGUGAUAGGUUCCAAACUGAGAAGCAGAAACUCAACGCUCCAUUCUUCCUGUUUUAUCAUCUGAAUCAUGUAGCAAAUUCUUAUUUGCUUCCCUGCUUAACGGAGAGGAUGAAAGCGUUUCAUCACUCUGCCUUCAGAAUCUUAAGGCUUUCCUGGAGAGGACUUUUCAACUCGUCACUAUACAGGAAUCGAAUUCGUAUAGCUCAUGGCGCAUUUGCGCAGAUCUACAAAGCCACAGUUAAUGAGGAAGAUGGGCCAAGGCUAGUGGUUCUGAAGACUGUGGAACUUCCUAAAGGACCUUACGAACCUUGCAAGUUUUUCGACGUAUACUCGGAAGUCCAGAUUUUGGAGAAGUUCUUGGGAGAACCGAAAAUCAGCCAGUUGCUUGACUACGGCUUGGAAUCAGAAACUUUUGUGCUCGUGUUGAAGCACUACAAGUGCAGCCUUCGUGCAUGGAGGCUAAAUCAGGGAGGCUUGCAUUCGCAUAAAUCGGGCAAGUCCUUUGUCGACCGGCUCCCGCUUUACCUUGAGGUGUAUGCUGCAGUUCUUGACGCGGUGAAAGUUCUUGAAGCUCACAACGUCGUUCAUUAUGAUCUGAAGUGUGACAAUGUUCUCCUUGAACCUGUUGACUCUGUUAUUUCAGAGGAAGAGUUUUGGGAUCCUACAUGGCCACCAUCAGAAGAAAAUUCACAUCCUUUACCAUUCAGAGUGUGCCUCGCAGACUUUGGCCAGAGCAAAGCGUCCGUGUUUCAGGGAGGAGAAUGCACUGUUCGAAACAGGGGAACAGAAUACGUUAAAAGUCCAGAAAUGCUCAAGCUUUUGCGAACAGGAGGGGAUGCUAGUCUUGAUACAUGUGUUGGAAAAGCAGUGGAUGUUUGGGGCCUCGGGUGCCUCCUCUACGAGCUCCUAGCAGCAGAGUACCUUCUUUAUGACGAAGAUUGGAUGCGUUUCUUUAUCCGCGUGACGACAAAUUCAGAGGAGCUUAUUACAAACGAAAAAGCAGAGAAAGUUGGAAACUUUGGCCCUGUGGUGGAGUUCAUUCGCUUCGUUCUUGUGCGGGAUCCCUGUAGACGUCCCACCCUGGAUGAAGUCAUGAUCCAUCUCAGGCAGCUACAAGAAAGCUUGGGUAGACCAAAGACGAAAGCCCCAGACACCGACAUUUCCAUGUCAUGUGUCGUCGACGCUGCCCGUGACAAGCCUGCCGAAUCUCUGGAGCCUGAAUCACCAAAGGUUGCGAAAAAGAGCCUAGUAUCUUGGCUGUGCUGCGGCUGCUGGAAUCGUCCUUGAACAGUGAGCUGGUAAAAUCUGAAAAGCUUCCGGUUUUCUGCUCCGCAUUGGCGUCAGUCCGAGUCAUAUUUCGGACUCGAAGUACCAAGCGAGACUUUAUCAAAGACUUCUGGGAAAUUUGGCUGCGUGAAGAUAAAACAACAAAAGCUCUAACUUGCCAUUGUUCUUUCUAGAAGCACUUCGACUUCACACAGAAUUGAUUUCGUGCGCUACCUGGCUUUCCAGGUGGAAGAAAAUACUCUCCGCAAUGGCAAUACACCCUCGCGUUGCUUCUCUCGUUGAAGAGCUUUCUCACUCACGUAAACGAGAGAAAAAUAAAUAAAUUGAAGUUUUACAAUAGGUACGUA